ACUGUUCUUUUUCUAGAAGGAAGUCUUUUCUGUUAGGAUACAGUAGGUCUCCCACUCAUUGCCUGUUCUUUCAAAAUUUUAAUCAUUGUUCUUCAACUUUGAACAUUUCCCCUUUUCUUUUUUGUCAUUAAUUAUUGCAUACAAAAACAAUCUAAUCUAAUCUUUGCUUGCUUGUCUUCCUAAUGAAGCUCUUCCUUCAGUCUACCAAAUGACUUUGUCCUCGUUUCGAUAGUGCUUUGCCUUAACAUGGUCUCAAUUUCUAUACCUUUUCAAUGUCCAAGUGAUGCUAGGAAGGCUGAUAUUUCCACUGACAAAAAGGACAUUACCACUCCAAUAACAACCGUCCCUACAAUAAUUCCCAGCACUUCUACUUCAUCCAAUCCAGUUUUGAAUCCCAAUUCGAACCCGGAUUCGCCAUCUCCGGUGACCAUGACUCCGAUGACGGUUCCAACUACAAUGACAUCCCCUGUAUCUUCAGGGGGCAGCUGGUGUGUGGCUAGCCAGAGUGCAUCCAAGACUGCAUUACAAGUUGCUCUAGACUACGCAUGUGGCUACGGUGGUGCUGAUUGUGCAGCAAUUCAGCCCGGAGGUGGCUGCUACAACCCCAACACUCUUCGUGAUCAUGCUUCUUACGCAUUUAACAGCUAUUACCAGAAGAAUCCAGUUCCUAGUAGCUGUAAUUUUGGAGGGACCGCUGUUACUACCAGCACUGAUCCAAGUAGCGGGACAUGUCAGUAUCAAUCCACAAGCACAAGUUCUUCCGUCUUAAACACGACCAAUUCAAAUGGUUCAAAUGUUUUCGGCGCUGUGCCUUCACACCCAUCUCCAUCAGCUGACGCCGCCACCAAAUUGGACCGCUCUCUGCCAUUUCUCCCAGUGGCGUGCCUCAUUUUGUUGCUGGCCAGAUUCUAUCAGUAGAAAUAGAUGAACAGAUGAAAACCUCAUUCAUUUUUUCUUUUUUUUUUAUUUCUGAAGGAGUCCUCUCAGGUGCCACAAGGUUUUUGAUUUUUCAUGAAAACUAAGGUGAACCAACAUUUUGCGGAGAAGUGCCAGCUAGUUGGCUUGACUGGAGGCAUGAAUCCCAGGAUAUCAGUUUUGGUGUGUAGAUAAGUUGUUUACUGAUCGAUAACAUGUAGGAAAAGGAAUUCAGGAGAGAAACAUGUUUUAAUUUUCAGUUUGUGUGCUUUUGUACUUGAAAACAGUUCAACGUAUAGCAAUAUAUAUUUCUUUCUUUUUACUGUUAA